GUCACGCCAGCAGAAGAUAGAGGCUGAGAAAAUCCAAGACAUUUUCGGAUCGGAGGCCCUUCACGCAUCGAACGAACGAACGAGCGAGCAAUGCUACGCCUAAGGGCCCACACGGCCCGUUUCACAGCCAACCCCGUUCCUCUUCCUCAGUUCUGCAGCUCUACUCGCUUUCCCUCGUCAGAAAAAAAAACAGCUAGCCUGCUCGCUGCUCGGGAUUGCGGUGAUUCGGGCGGCGACCUGCAGCGCCAAAGGUCUGGGGAUUUGCUCUUAUCGCCACGGCGGAAGGCGGCGGCAGCUGGCAACCUGAGCAGGAGCCGGCGAGCUGGCGAGGGUACGGAGAGCGAGAGCCAGGAAGAGGAGGGCUUCCUGCAAAUGUUCUUGCCCGGCGACUGGAUCCGCGGCCAAUCAUCCCGUGCUCGAAUCCGCUAAUUCUACAGGCCCAGCCGCUGUCCUCGGUCUCACGCGCGGGCCACAGCGGCCUCCGCCGUAGUUUGCCGACUGCCGUGGUCCCAGAGGAGGCAGCAGAGGAAGACGCCCUCGCCCAAGCGUGCGCGGUUGGCUCCGCUCGCCGUGGCCUCGUGAAAACCGGCCGCCCAUCCAGAUUUUCCACCUCCAGAUGCCAAAAUUUCUACGAGUGUUGCAGUCAGAUACAGAGUUCACAACAAUGCCUGAUUGACUUCAGCAGUUCAGUUAGCCUUAGUCGUCAGAUAUAUGUAAAGAAAAAGAGGGUGAUGUAACAGCCUACUCAGUGCCAACGAAUGCACGUUUCUCUUCAUAGUACAAACACACCAGGUAUAGAAUCUGUGUGUUCAGACUUGUGUUUGCCUUUUGCUUUCAGUUCAACCCUGCAGACCAUUUGUCAAAUGUCAAUAGAACCCCAUGGUCAUGUUUGGUCGCCAAAAGGAGAUGGAGCAAGUUGUCAGCUUCUUCUUGGACCUCAUCCUAUUAGGAAAAUGUGCAUCCUUCCAUUCAUUAGUCCAAGAAGAGCUGGAAUGAGAUAUUCAGUUAGUUGCUUGUACUCGGUCAUGUUAACUUUCAGGUUUAUUUACUUGCACAACAGCCUGAUUCAGUAAUGAUGCUUGCUCAAGCCAUCAUCUUUGCCCUUCUUUUCUUUAGGGAGUUGCUGCAUGAAGGUCUUGAGCAUUAGCAGCCUCUGUACAUUAUUUUCUUAAGAUGUCCAAUUGCUCGAGCAUUGUUUGAUUUUUGAUGCACCUCCCAUUUGCCUGCUCUAUGGUGAGAUGAAUAUGCAGGCCACAUCAGCAGCAUACAUUCCUGUCCCUUUGUGCUCUCCUCUUUUUAUGGUGCUGGCCUCAAGAAGAAGAGGGAUAUAAUUUCACCUGUGAUUUCAGUUUCAGAUAGGAUGGUCUUCAUUGGGGAACCAGUAGUUACAAAAAACUGUAAUGGAUCCAACAGGUUCAAGGGGAGUUAUAUAACAUAGAGUCUUCUCUGUCUCCCUUUAUCAGAGAUUAAUGGCUGAGCGGCUGUUCGGACCUUGGAACAGUGGGAAAAAAUGGCGGUUGAAAAAGUACAUCAGUUUGGGAUAUUUGUUAAUCAGGAAGGAAUUAAGGAUGGUCAUCAUGGCAAGUUAUCUUGAAGUACCAGGUACUAUGAUUACCACGUUGGAGUUUCACUAUGUGAGGACUGAAGUUGUAUUUGAUUAAGACUUCUAUCUGAGAUUCAAGACUUGAGAACAGGGGAGAAUUUGGACUACAAACAGGGGAGAAUAAUGAAUCAAUAUAAGUACAGAAUAUUGCAGGGCAGAGAUCUCUGCAGGGCAACUCUGCAUAGCACUUCAAAACAUCAGGGUCAGUGACUCAAAUAGUCUAUAGCUGUUUCUGUUCUCGGAUAGUAGCCAAGUACAAAGACAAAAAAAAAAAGUCAAUCAACAGAACAAUCAAGUGACAGUGAAAACAGCCCCAAACGUCAAACACUGAUUGCAUGGACCAUUGACUAUUUCAGUUUAACCCUUGAGCUCGGUCGUUGUUCUUUUACAUCCCUGCUCACCAUGGAGUUUUGAUAGGAAACAUAGAAGUAGACUUCUCCUUUCUGCCGUGUUCUACUCCUAUUCCUGAGAACCCCAAAUGGAACUUCUCCUUUCUGCGAUCCUGGGUGACCUGACCUCUAGGUCUAUAAAUUUCAUUAUCAACAAGGUCUCCGACUCGAAGCCACCGGCGCUUGCCGUGAACGAUAGCUUGCAAAGGGUUCUCCUCCGGGCACAGGUUAUCAUCGAUGAGGCCAUGGGGAAGCACAUCACAAACCAAGCCAUGCUCCUUCGGCUCAACAUGCUGAGAGACGCCGUGCACCGGGGCCAUUAUGUGCUUGACACCUUCAGAUACCAACAUCAAGACGAGGAGGAUGCCAAAGAUCAGGCUAUGGAAGUAGAACUUGUCAUCAACUUCCUGUUGCGGCCACAAUCUCAUGGUGCUGAAGAAUUGGAGUUCAUGCCAAUUAUCGGACCAUGCCAAGUUGGCAAGAGCACCCUCGUCACUCAUGUUUGCAAGGAUGAAAGAGUCCGUGGCCAUUUCUCAAAAAAUAUUGUUUUUUUCCGCAUCCAUGGUUUCACAGAUGAUGAGCUAGCUAUUUUCAGAGAAGGAUGCACCGUAAAACUUCAAAAUCACACAUCAGACAUGAAAAAAGAUGGAAGAUUGCUAGUCAUCAUUGAAUUAGAUGGGGAUCUCAAUGAAGAAGCACUGGAUAGGUUGCAUUUUGCUUCUAAACAGUAUGCUCCAAGAGGUAGUAAACUCAUAGUUACAAGUCGGUUUGAUAAUAUUGUAAAGUUUGGAUCAACACAGGCUCUAACUCUGAAAUAUCUGUCCAAUGAGGCAUACUGGUAUUUCUUCAAGACUCUUACAUUUGGAAGCAUGGAUCCUGAGAUGCACCCUAGGCUCAUGCACUUUGCCAUGGAGAUAGCCAGGAUGCAGAAAUGUUCCUUUGUUGGCGCAAACAUCGUUUCUCGUUUGCUGAGGGAUAACUUUGAUGCGCAAUUCUGGCUCAAGGUUCUGGCCUUCCUUAAAGGGCUCACCCAGGAGCGUGUCUCCAGAUUUGAGCAUCCAUUUGAUCUUCUGAGGCAGAACAGACCUACACAUCUCGGGAGAAUGGCUACACCUUCUGAAGAUGUGGUGGUUUAUCAUCAGCAUCAAUGCUAUUCAGAAGAGGAGGUCCCUAAGUUAAGACUCCAAGAUGUACUGUAUGGAAGCAUUAAGCCUCAUGGGAACUUCAAAGUCCUGGUAUGGAAGUCUCUGAUACCGCCCUACUCUAGCUAUGUCUAUUCUUGUGAGAUUCGAGAGCUAAAAACCACAACUGCCAAGCGGAAGCGUCCUACGGAAAGUGGAAUAACACUUUGUUAAUUUUUUUCCAUUGCCGGGAUUACGUAGGAGGGUAUCUGAAUAUGUGUUCGUUAGAGUGUCAGCUCAUAAGUUACAGUAACUGUUGGAGAAUGUAAAGAUGUUACAAAUUUCAAUACCUUGUCGUGUGUAGCGGAAUAAUGUAAGAUCUUGAGGCCAGAGAUUUUCAUGAGAAAUAAUGAAUUGCUCCUUGUUUUUUUU